AUGACUGAAGAUGUAGCUAAGAAUCUUUGGAGGUGUAGAAACACUUGUUUCGAAUUGCUUCAAGACCGCGGCUAUAUCGUGUCAAAUGAAGAACGAAACGAGUCAUAUGAAAACUUUUCAAAACGUUUCGCGGAGCUCAACUACCAACGCUCUGCGUUUUCUAUUUUAGGGAUUCACAAAGAUGAACCCAAUUCGAAGAUUUUUGUGUAUUUUACAGACGAGACAAAAAAAAUAGGUGUCAAACCCAUCAAGGUGCUUGUCGAUCAAAUGGAAGAGCGUAGUAUAAACUACACCAUACUCAUUGGUCAGCAGCCAUUGACUUCGUUUGCAGUCAACACAAUUAAGGACCUUCUUCCGAAUUUUCACAUUGAGUUUUUUUUGGAAUCUGAGUUACUUGUCAACAUCACUAAGCACGAACUCGUUCCCAAGCACAUCAAGCUCAAUGAAAAUGAAAAAGAAGCAAUAUUAAAGCAAUACAAAAUAUCCGAUAUCCACCUCCCCCGUAUCUGUACAACAGACGCAGUCGCGCGAUAUCUGGGUUUGCGCCGCGGUGACAUUGUUAAAAUUAUUCGUCCCAGCGAGUCUGCAGGAAAGUAUAUAACAUAUCGACUAUGUGUAUAA